UAGACUCAAUAACAGUGAAGCCAUUGACAUUUUCCUCUGAAAUAAAUCAUGAAAAAUAGACCGAGCCAGGUCUUGCCAUACUACAAGGUGUAGUAUGUUCCUAGGGAGACCCUAGAUUUGUGGAGUGCUUUUUGAGGCACUAUAUUCAAUAAGAGAGAAGGUAUUGAAUUUAUUCUCCAAUACAAAAUCAUUAAAAAUAGGCUGCAUAAUUUCCCAAAACAAGCAGGUGUAGUCUGUUGAUGGGGAGUCCCUAGAUGUGUGAAGUGAUUUUGGAAGCACUGGGCUUAAUAACAAUUAAGCUAUUGAAUUUUUUACCAAAUAAAAACAUAUAAAUAGGCUAAGCCAGCUUUUCCCAAAUUAGCAGGUGUAGUAUGUUAAUAGGGAGGACCUAGAUGUGUGUUGUGAGACUGAAGCUAUUGCAUUUUAUCCCCAAUAAAAAUAUAUUAUAAUUAGGCUGAACAUAAUUUACCAAAACAAGAAGGUGUAGUAUGUUGAUAGGGAGGCCCUAGAUGUGUGUAGUGAUUUUGGAAGCACUAUGCUCCAACAGGGUGAAGCUAUUGAAUUCCCCCCCCAUAAAAAAUAUGUUAUAAAUAUGGCAAGUAAUUUUUUCCAUAAUUAGCAGGUGUAGUCUGUUGCUAGUGAGGCCCUACAUGUGUGUUGUGAUUUUGGAAGUACUAGGCUCAAUAACAGUGAAGCUAUUGAAUUUUCCCCCCAUAAAAAAUAUAUUAUAAAUAGGGUGAGUCCGUUUUUCCAUAAUUAGCUGGUGUAGUAUGUUCCUAGUGAGGCCCUAGAUGUGUGUUGUGAUUUUGGAAGCAAUAGGCUCAAUGACAAUGAAGCUAUUGAAUUUUACCCCCAUUAAAAAUAUAUUAUAAAUAGUGCGAGUCAAUUUUUCCAUAAUUAGCUGCUGUAGCAUGUUGCUUGGGAAGCCCUAUAUGUGUGUUUGAUUUUGGAAGGAGUAGGCUCAAUAACAGUGAAGCUAUUGAAUUUUUCAACCAUUACAAAUGGAUUAUAAAUAGGGUGAGUCUGUUUUUCCAUAAUUAGCUGGUGUAGUAUGUUGCUAGUGAGGCCUUAGAUGUGUGUUGUGAUUUUGGAAGCACUAGGAUCAAUGACAGUGAAGCUAUUGAAUUUUACCCCCAAUAAAAAUAUAUUAUAAGUAGGGUGAGUCAGUUUUUCCUGUAAUUGGCAGGUAUAGUGUGUUGUUAGUGAAGCACUAACUGUGUGUUAUGAUUUUGGAAGCCCUAGGCUCAAUAACAGUGAAGCUAUUUAAAUGUAGCCUAUUUGUAUCCUUCGUUUUUGCACUUUGUAGACGGUCCCUAGACGUUCGGCUGAAAGCAGAAUGCUCACAGGGAUGCGUUUUAUUUAUCCACAUAUGUACACGGUUCUUUCGGAUGAAAACGGUUUGUAGCUUGUUGUCUACCCUACUACGGUUAGAUAGAGCUCUCUAUUGUGCAAUGAAAACAUUUCUCCUAUGAUUUAUUGAACCGCAAAACGCGAAUCUUGCGAAUCUGGCCAUUUCUGUCUAACUUUACCGAAGUGAGCGUGCGGCGCUCUGAGCGCUAGUUGCCAAUUCUCGUGUAAAGACAGGACGGACACUGAGAUCGCAGAACUUGUGCGGCUUAGCUUUGUGCCAAUUUGGGUAAGGUUUGUGAAGGAAAAGUUUGGAGGGACUGCUCAGUAUGCUUUUGCGCACUGUGUGGUUGGUGGUUUUGCUGGUGAGCGUCCAACACGUGAGGACUAUUUGGACAUUCGAGUGUCCACUGGUCUGCCAGUGCACUCUGGAGAAAUUAUGCUGCACGAGAGAAACACAAGAGAAAUCGCAAAGACAUUCACCAUCUGCACUGCGAAUUGUACACCUGCCAUUGAGGGAAAUUCAAAGCAGUUCUUUCAAAGGGUUACUCAAUGUAUCCAGAAUAGAAAUCGCUCAAAGUGACUCGGUCAGAAGGAUAAAACACCAGGCAUUCCUUUCUUUGAAAACCCUUACAGAAAUUGCAAUACUGAACAUGAACCAUCUUGUGUCAAUUGAGAGUGGAGCCUUCACUGAUAUACCCAAACUACGAUAUUUGAGUAUUUGUAAUACAGGAAUAACACAAUUUCCUGAUCUUUCCUUCAUCUCUACACUGGAGUUAAACUUUCUAGAGCUAGGAGAUAAUAUGAGAUUGGAGAGCAUCCCAUCCAAUGCUUUCUCAGGCAUAUCAGAGUACAAUUACAUUAAUCUUGUCAGAAAUGGAUUCAAGGAAAUCAAGUCUUAUGCCUUCAAUGGAACCAGACUGGAGACGCUGAUUCUGAGAGAUAACCGGUAUCUUCACAAAAUCCAUGAAGAUGCCUUUGAGGGAGCAAGUGGACCAACAGCUCUUGACGUGUCCUCCACCGCUCUGAGUUCACUCCCUGCACGUGGUUUGACGCUUGUGAAGAAGCUGACGGCACGUUCCACACCUGCUCUUAAGACCCUGCCCCCACUGGAGAACCUACAGAACCUACAGGAGGCCCAGCUCACCUACUCGAGCCACUGCUGCGCCUUCCACACCUGGCGACGGAACAGAGAAAAUCCUCUAAAAGCCUUCUUCAACCUGACAAGGCUCUGUAAUGAAGAUGCUGGAGCAGACAUGGAUCCUGCCACUGACGGUUUGGUUGAUCCCGAUGACAUCAGCUUCUACUACCCAGACCUGGAGCUGUGUGUCAGCAGCAGUGUUCCCAUCACAUGUACCCCGGAGCCUGAUGCCUUCAAUCCCUGCGAGGACCUGCUGGGCUAUGGCUUCCUCCGCUCCGUCACCUGGGUGGUCACCAUAUUUGCUGUGGCGGGCAACCUGGCUGUGUUGUUCAUCCUGCUGUCCAGUCACCAGAAGCUGACCGUGUCCCGCUUCCUGAUGUGCAACCUGGCCUUUGCUGACCUCUGCAUGGGUCUGUACCUGCUCCUCAUCGCCGCCAUGGAUUACCACUCGCGCCAGGAGUACUACAACCACGCCACCGACUGGCAAACGGGUCCUGGCUGCCAAGUGGCCGGCUUCCUCACGGUCUUUGCGAGCGAGCUUUCCGUCUACACGCUCACGAUGAUCACCCUGGAGCGCUGGCACACCAUCACCCACGCCAUGGAGAUGGACCGGAGGCUCAAGCUGCGGCACGUGGCCCUGAUGAUCGCCGGCGGCUGGGUGUUCUCCCUCCUGGUGGCCCUCCUGCCCAUACUGGGCGUCAGCAGCUACACCAAAGUGAGCAUCUGCUUGCCCAUGGACAUCGAGACCCCGGCCGCUCAGGGCUACGUGGUGAUGGUGCUCCUGCUUAACGUGGUGGCCUUCCUGGUGGUGUGCACGUGCUACAUUCGCAUCUAUGUUAGCGUGCGCAACCCAGAGCUGGCGGGCCGCAGCGGGGACACUAAGAUCGCCAAGCGAAUGGCCGUGUUGAUAUUCACGAAUUUCCUGUGCAUGGCGCCCAUCUCCUUCUUCGCCAUUUCAGCGGCGCUGUGGAUGCCCCUCAUCACCGUCUCCCACUCCAAGAUCCUGCUGGUCCUGUUCUACCCCAUCAACUCGCUGUGCAACCCUUUUCUUUACACCAUCUUCACGCGGGCGUUCCGGCAGGACAUUUGCCAACUGCUCAGCCGCUGUGGCUGCUGUCAAGACAAGGCCUGUUUGUACCAGGCUAAGGGCUUCAGUACUCACCCAAGUAUACCCAAAUGCAAGACUCCAUCCAAGAAGCACCACUCUCUACAGUUUUAUGCAUACCACAUCAAGAUGCAGGGCUGCUUCCUCAGCAAAGGGCCAACAUGACUAUGAGCCUCUACUGACAAAGCUAUGAACAUUAUCUACUGAAAUGAAUGUUUUCUACGUUGGUGCUGUCAAUACAAUGUAUAUAUGUAGCUAUCUUUUUCUGUAUACUAUUUUUGUAAUAUGGUAUUGAAAAAAUGACCAGUGUUCCAUACAUCUGUGGAUUCUUAAAUACAAAACAUAAGGGGCGCUAGCUUGACUUUCUAAAUCUUAGGAAAGUCUAAGCAGUCUAAUCAUUUUUCUACACACAUCUUUUGCACACAGCUAAAUUAGCAUUUGAGAAACAACAUCCAAAGUGUUUUUGGAAGUCUGUCUUCAUAUGCAUGACGAAUGGGGCUUCCACAGGCCCGUUAGCACACACUGCCUGGCCUACAGUCAGACAUGUCUGGCAAGAGGGAAACCUCCUCCACGGAAGAGCAGCUUUUAACAAUCAGCAGUGAGAUACUGCAGAACAACCUGACCAACUUAAUCUGCCAGGGCCACAGAGAGCUCAUGGUCAGCCAUGUAUAACUCCACAACAUCCUCAGAGCCAGAGCCACACACACACACACAAAUAACUGUUCUGAACUACGCUGUUCAUGGUAGGUAAAGGUAAAUUGGUACCAAUUAUGGUGCUUUAAAGGACGUUUUUGUUUAAUUGUUUAGUGAUGCACAAACGGGCGGACUGAAAGCAUAGUAGUAUUUAACUAUUUGUGCACAUUAAGACAAAUUGCUGAUUCGUCACCAAGUCAUAAAGGCAAAUCAACACAAAAAAAAAACAACAGCAGGUAACCAAAUAGGAACUCUGUAAGUCAGGUGACUCAGGUCAUCUGCACUGGAGCA